AUGUCUCGCAACUUCAGUCCUGGCGAAAGCUUCUCCGAUGUCAUGGAUGGAACUGCAAUUAAGAGACUGGCGCGGUAUUUCAAGCGACGAGCUGAACAUCGACAUCGCCCAGGGGAGAACACGCUACGCGGAACCAAAAUCCCAAACGUCUCUGGGUUGCGUAGAGGGUCUUUCACCCCGCGGGAGCAGAAAGUCAUAGGAAGCCCUUUCACUGACGAAGAAGGCAGUUCCCCUUUCGAUCCACCAUCCCCCGACAUAACCUUUCCCGUGUAUCACCGCGGGUAUCGCUCCCGAGGUGGACCAGGACCACGAAGUACAGCAUCACCACCCACGUCCCGACAAGUAACGGAAUUAGAAAAUCUGCUAAAGAUUUCCUUGCCGUUGCCCUCUCGACAGCCACAGAAUCAUCGCGAUCAUAGCCCGUCCCCUUUGAUCUAUCGAGAAACCCCCGACAGUCAUCCCAGAGAGCUGAUAAGGGACGAACGAGGGGCGCGGUUGAGAUCGGUUCCCGGAGGACGAAUAUUCGUCGUCCAGGGUGAUCCACUGCUGGCUGCAGCUGCAAGCUCUGCUGUGCUCAUAAGCGAGAAUGCUGAAGACCGCCGCCCAACACGGAGUAGGAACUGAUGAUCGACAUCCUACUACAUGCGAAUGCCUGGGUGUUGUUGCUGGCACGAGGAACACUCACUCGCUCAUAAUUAUGGACAGACCGCUGUAAAGUUGAUAUUGGAGCAGGCUAGUAUUCGACCGGAGG